AUGGAGCUGAGCCGGUCAUUCUCCAGUUAUGUUUGGUCGACUUUCCUGGAAGGAGAUGUCCACCAUGAGAAACGGGCGUUGACGCAUAAGAUCAAGGGGAUGGCGCUCGUCAUCGAGCAACUGGGGCAGCCGCAAUCCUCGGCCUUGGAGAGUUCCAUUCAAGCGGCUUUGAUCUUGUCGGCAAUAGAGGCCUGUGCAGGGAAUAUCGAGGGUUUCAGAAUUCAUAUAUCGGCUGCGAGGCAGAUGGUCAAAAUACGUGGCGGCCUGGACAAUCUCAGCCCGCUUCUAAUAGGGCAAAUAUGCUCAUUCGAGCCAGGUAUUCACCGGGCGAUUGGUACUGAGACAUUUCCGUGUACGGAUCGCCACUUCGGCACCUUCCUUCUCAAUUGCCGGCGAGACGUUGCUACAAAGCAUCCCGCAUUCAACAGAAUAUCGCCAACUGCCAGACUACCUAUUGAAGAGGUGCAGGAGUUUUGUGAUCCUCUUGAUCUGCCCCCAAGUCUCUACUUCUCAGCAUGCAUUACGGAAUUUCUGUCAGUUACGAAAGAGUUUCGAGAGCUUAGUAUUGCGAGGAGUCAGUUCUUGGCCGAUCCAUCAACCGAGUCGCGGUCCGCAUACGCUUCAGCAAGGUGUCGAUCAGUAUCGGACGCUUUUAGCUCGGCACUCCAGUGGAUCCUCAACCCAGACUACACUCCAACAGAAUCAGACCGUACCAAGCAAAAGUCGACAUCUGCGGCUGUGGAACAGCAGAAUGCAACGGGAUUAGUUUGUUUGUUCUACAUACACGCCACACUUUGGAGGUAUAGGUAUGAGCCAGUUGAGACAGAUAGAUACAUGAAGAGCGUGGCGGAGAAGGUGCAGCGCAAUGGUCUGGAGUUGAGUAAAAGCCUGGAUGCUCUGUCUGCACUGCUUGUUUGGAUUUGUGUGAGCGACGAGAAUUUGAAAAUUGAGGACAAGCGAGUUGGCUGGAGAGGACUGACGAGGCUGGUCUCCCGUUUAAGUCGUGUUGCGUUGAGGUUGAGCAGACGCAGCCGAACGAAUCUGGAGCUGGCCUUAUCUGAAGGCCUGCGAGGGAGUACGCAGUCAUCUAUGAUUGAGGAAGUUGAAUGUGUCGAGAGUCCUGAAGCGACAACUGAAGAUUGCAUUUGGCCCGAUCCCGAGAGUAUCUGGAAGGAACUCAUUGAGUAG